CCGGCCAUUUUUGUCUGGAAAGCAACAUGGCUAGACGACAGCUCGGGUCAUAUUUAGUGAAUCCUUGUUAGCUUAAACUGUUCAUGCUGUAGCAUUCUUAAAUAAAGUCAGUUCUAGAUUCUUUGAAAUGCUGCAGCUUUGCUAGGUUGUAACCAUCUUACUUGAAUGAUUUCAUAUGUUUACCGCAGGAUUACCAGGUUAAUAAGGAGUUAUUGGAUGGUUGACGUACAUUUCGCUAGCUAACGUCAGCUACGGACGCAAUGGAACUUUUACAAUACUGGAUGAAACAUAGACAUAUUGUGUUUAAAGUAUUUAAUAAAAUAACGUACAGAUGCAGGUGUUUUGGAUUGCACCGUCCGAGGACUGUAUCAUCUGUUGUCAGGAGGUCCUCGGUAAGGUACCAAAACAAUCACACUAACUUUAUCUGUCAGAUAAAUGCACGCAUUGCCUCCGCAAGGCAGCAUGACUGUCCACGUGCCAUCUCUCUGCUGGAACCCACAUCGCCUGGAUGGAGUCUGGGACGCAGUUGCGUCCGACAUUUUUCGACAACAUGCACAUUGACGUCGAACAAAAACGGCUCCGAUGGUGCUGCAAGUAAUGACGAUGCGGAUCCAGAAGACUGCCGAAUAGAAGAGAGCGAGGUAGACGAGCUCUUCCAGCAGCAAAUUCCCACGAGUAUCGGCGAGGGGUACCACCGAGUGUUCAUCGUCCACCCGGACGUGAAAUGGGGCAGUAAGAAGCAAAUCUUGACCACAGCUGAACUUCAGAUGGCUGAAGCUGUGGGAUUGGUGAACACGCUACAGAACUGGACUGUUGUCGACAAGAUCAUUCUCUCCACAAAAACGCCCGAUAAGAAGAGGCUUUUCGGCAAAGGGAACUUUCAGAUGCUCACAGAGAGAAUCACGAAAACGUCGAAUAUCACUGCAGUGUUCGUCAAUGUGGAGCGCCUGUCCGCUCUGUCGGAGAAGGAGCUGGAGGAAGCUUGGGGGAUAAAAGUUUUGGACAGGUAUACUGUCGUCCUCCACAUCUUCCGCUGUAACGCUCGCACCAAGGAGGCCAAACUGCAGAUCUCCCUGGCAGAGAUUCCGCUGUUAAGAUCUCGUUUGAGAAAUGAGUCUGCAAAUUUGGACCAGCAAGGUGGAGGAUCCAGGUAUAUAAUGGGUUCAGGUGAAACAUGGAUGGAGGUGCAGCAGCGGAUGCUGAGAGAGAGGGAGCUGAAGAUCCGCGCCGCCCUGGCGAAGCUCAGCAGGAAGCGGCACCUGCUGCGGUCCAGCCGGCGGCAGCAGCAGUUCCCCACCAUCUCCAUCAUGGGCUACACCAACUGUGGAAAGACCACCCUGAUCAAGGCCCUGACGGGCGACGCCGGCCUGGAGCCUCGCGACCAGCUCUUCGCCACCCUGGACGUGACGGUGCACGCCGGCGUGCUGCCCUGUCGCAUGACCGUGCUGUUCGUGGACACCAUCGGGUUCCUGUCCCAGCUCCCGCACCAGCUCAUCGACUCCUUCUCCGCCACCCUGGAGGACGUCAGCCACUCGGAUCUGAUUGUUCACGUGAGAGAUAUCAGCCACCCGGAGACGGUGAACCAGAAGGUCAAUGUGCUGAAGGUCCUCAAGAGCCUUCAGAUCCCAGAGAGUCUGCUCAACUCGAUCCUGGAGGUCCACAACAAGAUCGAUCUCCUCCCUGGCUACCAGCCCUCUGAGCUGGGUGGCCUGCCCGUGUCCGCCCUGACCGGACAGGGGCUAGAGGACCUGAAGCAGAGAAUAGAAGACGCCGUCAUGGAGUCCACCGGGCAACUCGUUCUGACCCUCAAGGUUGAACUCAGCACUUCUCAGUUAAGCUGGCUGUAUAAACACGGCACCGUUCAGGAGGUGAGCGUGGAGGAAGAAGAGGGCGUGGCCUUGGUCAGGGUCAUCAUCAGCGCCGCAGCGUAUGGACGCUACAGGAAGCUCUUCCAGGUCACUGAGUGACUUCCUGCCUGUGCACCAGCACUGUCGAUCUGUUACACACACUUACGCUGCACCUACCCUCUCCUGAAGACCUGUAGUCAGGACCGACAGACAACAUAAGAUCUAAUGCUUUGUUCCAAAACACAUCGCACUCCCAGUUAUCCUGGCAAGUGUGCAAUACAUACAAAGUGGUUUAGAUUCAGGUGCAUUUCCUGACCGUGCCACGACCUCUGACCUCAACACAAGGAAGAUUGGAUUAUUCAUGUUGUACGUUGGCUCUUCUGCGAUGGAUUGGGGGACUUGUUCAUGGAGUUUUCCUGCCUUUCACUCAGUGGUUCCUGGGCUAGGCUCCAGCCCCCAGCGACCCUGAACAGGUGUACGUGGUUUAGAAAAUGGAUGUACAUUGGCUGUAUAUUCAUGAAUUAAGCAAAAAAUGAAAAUGCAGUUGAUCAUU